CGAUUUAGCCGAUUCCAAAAGCGGCGAGACGGCGACGGCUUGCGGAGCGCUGCGGAGCGGAGCCGCUAGGACUGAGGUGCCAGCUCAGGCGGCGGGUCCACUUGUCCCGGGACUUUAUCUCAAGCUUUAGCGCAAAGUACAAUUAAAAAACGCCGGACUAUCAGCAUGCGCAGAAUGUGGCAUGAGCGAUAAGGAGGUGUCCCUUUGCGAUGCCCUUAGAAACGUACAGUUCGGUGGAGUUACUGCACCACAACUUAAUAAUUCACAAAGCUGAAUGCCGAACAAAGUGAAGAGGUCAGAGCACUGAUUAAUCAUGUCUGCGGCGUUUCCCGAUGUCUUGGAGUCCAUCGGGCGGGUGGAGGGGCUGUCCAUGUCCUUCCCCGAGAACCUGCCCCAUCCAGAGGAGGAAGAGGAGGAGGCUGCAGGUGCGAGGGGCCGACAGAGGAAGAGCCGCUACCAUCAGAGCCUGCAGCUGCUGAAACCAUUCAGGAGGACAAACAAGAACCAGCAUCCAGUGGACAACGCGGGCCUCUUCUCCUUCAUGACCCUGCAGUGGCUGUCCCCGCUGGCCUGGAGGGCCCACAAGAAGUCCAUCUUGAGGCUGGAAGACAUGUGGGGCCUGUCCUGCCAUGAAGCCUCUGAAACCAACUGGCAGAGGCUGGAGACCCUGUGGCACGAGGAGCUGAAGGCACAGGGACGAGACGGAGCCUCCCUGGGCCGGGUGUUCUGGAGGUUUUGCCAGACCCGCAUGCUGGUGGCCAUCUUCACCCUCCUCGUCAGCAUGACAGCAGGCUUUGCCGGACCUGCCCUCCUGGUACGAGCCCUCCUGGAGUACUCCCAGCGCUCUGAGUCUCACUUGCUGUACGGAUUCGCCCUGGUGGGCGGUCUCAUCCUGGUGGAGGUGACCCGCUCCUGGGCCCUGGCUAUGAUGUGGGCCGUCAACUACCGUACCGGCACUCGCCUGCGGGGGGCAGCACUCACCCUCGCCUACCAGAAAGCCCUGCGGAUGCGGAGCACCAGGGAUAUGAAUGCUGGAGAGUUGGUGAACGUCUGUUCCAGCGACGGGCACCGGCUCUAUGAGGCUGCCACGGCGGGCUGCCUCCUCGCAGGGGGGCCCCUGGUAGUGCUCAUGGGCUUGGGCUACACCACCUGCUUCCUGGGGCCCACGGCGCUGAUGGGAUCGGCCAUCUUUGUCUUGUUCUGUCCCUCCAUGAUGCUGGCCUCCCGUCUGACAGCCUAUUUCCGGAAAAGGUGCGUGUCCGUGACAGACCAGCGCGUCCGGCUCAUGAACGAGAUCCUCAGCUCUAUCAAAUCCAUCAAGAUGUACUGCUGGGAGUCCACCUUCGCCCGCCGCGUCCAGCAGGUGCGGACAGAGGAGCGUCGGAUACUGGAAUGGGCGGGGUAUGUGCAGAGCCUGACGGUGGGUGUGGCCCCCGUUGUCGUGGUGAUCGCCAGUGUGUGUACAUUCACCCUCCACAUGGCCCUGGGCUAUGACCUCACAGCUGCUCAGGCGUUUACAAUUGUUGCUGUCUUCAACUCCAUGACAUUUGCACUCAAGGUCAUGCCCCUGGCAGUACGCUCUUUGUCCGAAGGCGCCGUUGCAGUGAAGAGGUUCCAGAGGCUGCUGAUGCUAGAGGACCGGGAGCUGGUGUCAGAAAAGCUGGAGGAUCUGAGAAAUGCGGUGGAGUUCCGGGACGCCUCCUUGGUGUGGGAGUCACCUCGCAGUAAGGGGCGAGCUGGGGUGGCAACGCCUUGCACACCCCGCAGGACGGGGGGCAUGGAGCGCGUUCUGCGUAAGGAGAUGCUGAGCCUGUACAUCCUGUCGGAGGAGGGCAAGGGAGGUGCUGAGGAGCAGAAUGGUGAGCAUCUGCUCACCCACAUGGAGCAGGACAGCCCCCAGAACACCGUCUCCUCAGCUGGUGGCUUCCGGCCUCCUGUACAGAGGACACUGCAUCGCAUCGACCUCCGCAUUAAGAAGGGGGAGCUGGUGGGCAUCUGCGGCAGUGUGGGAAGUGGGAAGAGCUCGCUGCUGUCCGCUCUGCUAGGCCAGAUGAAGCUGCUUGGAGGCUCGGUCGCGGUCGGAGGGGGGCUCGCGUACGUCGCCCAGCAGGCCUGGAUCCUCAACGACUCCCUGAGGGAGAACAUUCUGUUUGGGAAGGAGUAUGAAGAAGAGAGGUACAGAGCUGUGCUGGAAUCCUGCUGUUUAUACCCUGACAUUGCUGAGCUGCCCUAUGGAGACAUGACUGAGGUUGGUGAACGUGGCACCAACUUGAGUGGAGGCCAGCGCCAGCGCAUCAGUCUGGCCAGGGCGCUAUACAGCGAGCGGCCGGUUCUGCUGCUGGACGACCCGCUCAGCGCCGUGGACCCUCACGUGGGGGCGCACCUCUUCCAUAGUGCCAUCCGCGGGGCAGCUGGGAGCAGGACCGUGCUCUUCGUGACCCACCAGCUACAGUACCUGGCUGAAUGCGACGAGGUGGUUCUGAUGAAGGACGGACAGUUGUUCAAGCAAGGCAGUCAUGUCCAGCUCAUGGGCAUGGAGAAUGAGUACACUGCACUCUUCAGCUGCACUCAGCACAAGCCGGGUCUGUCACCCACCAUCCCCCCAUCCGCAAUGCAGACCCUGGAGCUCAAGAACCUGAAGAACAAGCAGAACAACACCAAGAAGCUCAGGCAGGGGGCGCCGUCCAGUGCUAGCAGAAGAGCUGCCCCCAUGGACGGCCAGAAAGGGGUUCAACUUAUGACAGCGGAAGAGCGAAGCGCUGGUGCCGUGUCCUGGUCCGUCUACUGGACCUACAUCCAAGCCGCCGGUGGCCCACUGGCCUUCGCCCUCAACAUCUUCCUCUUCCUCACCACCACGGGCAGCAUCGCAUUCAGCAACUGGUGGCUCAGCCACUGGAUCCAGCAGGGCAGCGGCAACAUCUCUGUGGUUAUGGGCAAUGAGACCACAGUCAGCGACAGCAUGAGGCUCAACCCCCACACGCAAUACUACUCUGCCAUCUACGCUCUGUCCAUGGGGGCGGCGCUAUUGCUGAAGACUGUGCGUGGGGCAAUUUUCGUCAAGUGCACCCUCCAAGCUGCCUCCGCCCUGCACGACAAGCUUUUCCAGAAGCUGGUUCACAGUCCCAUGGCCUUUUUCGACACCACCCCCCUGGGUCGCAUUCUCACCCGCUUCUCCAGGGACAUAGACGAAGUGGACGUGCGUCUGGCCAUGCAGAUGGAGAUGCUGCUCCAGAACCUGACGCUGGUGAUGUUCUGCCUGGGCAUGGUCAGUGUGAUCUUCCCCUGGUUCCUCCUGUCCAUCGUGCCCCUGGGGACCUUCCUCUACCUGGUCACACGUGUUACUAGAGUUCUGCUUCGCGAGCUGAAGCGGCUGGACAACAUCAGCCAAUCGCCUUUCACCUCACACAUAACCAGCAGCCUCCAGGGCCUACCCACUAUUCACGCCUACAGCAGGGGGCCGGACUUCCUGAACAGGUACCAGGCCCUGCUGGACACCAACCAGGCCCCCCACUACCUGUUCAACUGCGCAAUGCGCUGGCUGGCUGUGAGGCUGGACCUCAUCAGCAUCUCCUUGGUGACGGCUGUGGCCUUGCUCAUUGUCCUCACACACGGGCAGAUCCUGCCAGCCUAUGCGGGCCUCGCUAUUUCCUACGUCAUCCAGCUGACUGGUCUGUUCCAGUUCACCGUGCGCCUCCUCUCUGAGACCGAAGCUCGCUUUACAUCUGUGGAACGGAUCAAUCAUUACAUAACGAACCUGGACACAGAAGGUCCCCGACACAGCAGUCCGGCGUCCUGCCCUGACCCCUGCUGGCCACAGGAGGGUCGCAUCUGUUUUAAGGAUGUCCAGAUGCGCUACCGUGACGACCUGCCAUUGGUACUCAAGAAGCUCUCGUUCAGCAUUCGGCCAAAGGAGACCAUCGGCAUCGUGGGCCGUACCGGGUCAGGGAAGUCCUCCCUGGGAAUUGCGCUCUUCAGACUAGCAGAGCUGGCGGGUGGUUCCAUCACAGUAGAUGGCAUGGACAUCGCCCAGAUUGGCCUGGAGGACCUCCGGAGCAGGCUGUCAAUCAUCCCUCAGGAUCCCAUGCUUUUCAUAGGUUCCAUCAGGCUGAACCUGGACCCCUCUGGCCGGCAUACAGAUGCUGAGAUCUGGGAGGCCCUGGAAAAGACCCAUAUGAAGGACACGAUCAGCCUGCUGCCUGAGACAUUGAGCACCGAGGUGACAGAGAACGGGGAGAAUUUCUCCAUGGGGGAGCGACAGCUGCUGUGUGUGGCCAGAGCCCUCUUGAGAUGUAGUAAGAUCCUGCUUCUAGAUGAGGCGACGGCAGCCAUUGACACAGAGACAGAGCUGCUGCUCCAGGACACCAUCCGGCUGGGCUUUGAGGGCUGCACCACCCUAGUGAUUGCCCAUCGCCUCAACACUGUGCUGGGCUGUAACAGGAUCAUGGUGCUGGAUCAAGGAGAGAUUGUGGAGUUUGACUCCCCCUCUGCUCUCCUGGCCAAUGAGAACUCGCAGUUCCAUGCCCUGAUUGCAGCAGCAGAAGGACGGGCCAAUUCUACAGACCUCGUCUGAAGGAGGGUGGCCUGCUCCAUGCCGGUGCCAUUCCCAGCUCACCUGAUUCCUGGGGGGGAAAAACAGGAAAACAAAUAACAAAAAAUGGAGGGAAUCAAAACUGAUGUCCGGUUGGUUAUUAUUUUAAGUGGAGCGUCCAUAUUAGGUUGGCAUUUGCAGUACUAUUUGUUCAAUGCUUGAAGUCCCCUGCAAAAGUGCUGAUGUUCUCAGAAACUCAAGAUAAAGACUGAAGUAACACAAAUGGCCAUAGGUGCUCUGUGGGAGACUUUCAGGAACCAGUUCUUGAGAACCAGGCAAACUGCUGCAUGGUGGAACCUCAGGUACCUCCAAAGAAAAGGCUGAAGUUUCAGAUGGCCAGAGAGAUUCUGCCUCUCUGCGUAGCUUAUGAAAACUUCACAGUGACACUUUGACUCCAGCUGGGGUCUGUUUUUGUUGUUAUGUGUUUAUUAACCUAUAUUGAUAGGGGACGUGCUCUCCACGUUUUAUUAGUGGAACUGGAAUGUGUGUAAGUUAGCCCUAAAAGGCAUUUGUCUGAUUCCUGGUCAGAAUUGUGUCUGAGAGGCCAUGGUGUGAUAUUUCCAAUCAGACCCACUGCAAAACCAAAGGAGCAGAGUUCAUUCUGAACAUUUUGCAUCUAUAUUGAGUUGUUUGAGUGAAUUGUUAUCUAUCUUAGUGAAAAUUUACGGCUUUAAGUCACCCUGGAUAAGGGAGUCUACUAUAUUAUAUGACAGCAAAGAAUUAUGAGAAGUAGGAAGUGUUUAAGUGCUAAUAUCUACUCCGCAGAAUUACGCAGAAACGGCUUGAAGGCAUAUUACUCAUUUACGGGCACCAGGCAACAACAUAAUCAAAAGGCAUAAGACACAGCAGUAUAUCAGACAGAAUGCUAGAGAAAUCAGGGUAAUAUUCUGGGUCAGUCUGCCAAACGUUCAUAAAGUCCUGACCCAUUACCUUGUGUUUUUUCAUGACUCUGUUGGACCCCGUUUGCUUUCCUUGGAGUCAUAAUAGUCAUAUAAUCUUUGUCUCAGUGAAAGCUGGACCUUGGCUGUUCGUGUGUGGUGGGUUUGCUAACUCAGGGUUGCGGUGUUUUAUUUCGCAAAAUUUGAAUCUAUACAAGUUGUUCUCGGAUGCCUUUUCAAUCCAUGGACACAAAUCAAGAUCGACAGCCUACCAGGAGACAAAGUUAUCCUUGAAAAAACUAACACAACCUUGCCCAUUAUCUCCAGUGAUAAACUAUCAGUAACAAACUGAUAUAAAUUUGUUCUGUGGGAAGGUCAUUUUUAUUAAAAUGCUUUCUCUGAUUGUAAAUUACUUAAUACAAGGUAACAUAGGUAGAUAGUAAUUAAAUUCGGCGAUUGCUGUUUGCGCUGCAUGAUAUCUAUGUACACAGCCUCACAGCACCGUUAAUUCACCAGACAAGAAAUGCAAUCAAACUCUGAACAGAGAAAUAUCGAUCUGACUAGCAUCAUCAGGGACUCCUCUGAUCAGACUAAACAGCUUUGCUGUGUAACCAAAAUGCAGAUGCAAAAAAUCACUGCAACUAUAGAGGGUUUAGAUGGGCCUUAACAAAGACUGCUGAUCGCUUACCAGUAGCAAUAUGAGAAACCCGACAAGAGAUUGUGUUUUGCACAGAUUUGCUUUAUUUCAAAGAGUUCGGAUAUUAUUGUGCAGUAUUCGAAGCCUUUUUUAUCACUGUAUGCAUACAAUGGUUUCUCAAUAAAAUAUUUUUAUACAUAAAA